AUGGGGGGCACUGGGCCUACCCUGCUUGCUUUGAGCCCGCCUGCGUUCUUCUCUUGCAGGUUCAUCUAUGAAUUCGAGCACUUCAAUGGUGUGGCUGAGCUGCUGGAGAUCCUAGGAAGCAUCAUCAAUGGCUUUGCGCUGCCCCUGAAGACGGAGCACAAGCAGUUCCUGGUUCGCGUCCUGAUCCCCCUGCACUCUGUCAAGUCGCUGUCUGUCUUUCACGCCCAGCUGGCAUACUGUGUGGUGCAGUUCCUGGAGAAGGACGCCACUCUGACGGAGCACGUGAUCCGGGGGCUACUCAAAUACUGGCCAAAAACCUGCACCCAGAAGGAGGUGAUGUUUCUGGGGGAGAUGGAAGAGAUUCUUGAUGUCAUCGAGCCCUCCCAGUUUGUGAAGAUCCAGGAGCCCCUUUUUAAGCAGGUGGCUCGCUGUGUUUCCAGCCCCCAUUUCCAGGUUGCAGAGCGGGCUCUGUAUUUCUGGAACAAUGAGUAUAUCCUAAGCCUCAUUGAGGACAACUGCCACACUGUGCUACCUGCUGUGUUUGGGACCCUCUACCAAGUCUCCAAGGAGCACUGGAACCAAACCAUUGUAUCGCUGAUCUACAAUGUGCUCAAGACCUUCAUGGAGAUGAAUGGGAAGCUGUUCGAUGAGCUCACGGCCUCCUACAAGCUGGAAAAGCAGCAGGAGCAGCAGAAGGCCCAGGAGCGUCAGGAGCUAUGGCAAGGUCUGGAGGAGCUGCGGCUACGCCGGCUACAGGGGACCCAAGGGGCCAAGGAGGCCCCUCUCCAGCGGCUUACACCCCAGGUGGCCACCAGUGGGGGUCAGAGCUAGACAGCACCUCAGAAGGGAAGAAGCUAAACCCAGAGCUGUCAGUCCCUCUAUCCCUUCUCCUGUCCAGGGGUCCAGAGAGAAACACACCUACCCCUGGCCUUGCCAGAGUGGCUUCUGAGGACUCCCUGCCCAGCCCAGCUUUCACUGGGGGGAGACGAGGAGAGGCAAUGGUGGUCUUGGCAACAGAAUGCUCAGCCCCUCGCGGCAGGACUUGACAAGGGCAAGCUUGACCAGGAAGCUGCCAUCAGGGAUCUUCCCCUGCCCCGCAAAGCUGGGCUCCGGGCUGCAGGCGGGCUCCCACCCUCUGCUCCUGGCCUUGGGCAAGGGCACUCAGCGCCUCGCCUGCCCCUGCCUCGGCCAGCGUGAGGUCCUUCCUCAUCCCCGCCAUGGGGUCCAUGGUCUAUUUAUUCUCGCCCAGCUCACCCUCUACACAGACACUGUCCUGGGUGCACACUCCUCCCCUCCCUUGCUGUGUACUUCCUUGUCCCCUUUUUAUUUAUUGGGCAGGGGGAGGGUGAGGGCACAGGCAAGAAGAGAUUCACAGUGUCCUGGGGUAAGGGGGGGUCACAGUAAUCAUGGUCUACUCCUCUUUCCCUGGCUGUGGGUAGACUUAAUAAAGAGAGAAACUCAA